AUGCCUACCGCGAAGCGAUCCAGAGGCACCGGCGCCGGCAGAGCAGCAGCGACACGUCCGCCGCCAAAGGACACCGCAGACGGCCGUCCAACGCCCGCAGAGGUGGAGGAGCAGGAGCACCAGUUUGUGCAGAUUGCGCGGAAGCACUGGCUGAAGCCUGGCAAGAAGACUGCCAAGGUCAAGGUCAAGAAUGACGUGGUCAAGCAGGGCAUCUGGGAUGUUUUGGAGCAGGAUGGCUUCUCAUAUAAGCUGCUGCUGCUGCUGGAGAGCUUACAGACAUUGGAGAACUACCUAUGGCCUGGAUAUUCCGACGAGUCGUCCAACCAUCAUGUCCUCAUAUUAGCUUUGAUCUGCAACGUCAAGAGGCGUGAGCACCUCGAAACAUGGAAAAUCUUCGAGGAGAGACCCGACGACUUUUCGUCCCUGUUCCGCCGCAUUCUAUCCAUGACCCUCGACCGCACAUUGUCUACGACCUUGCGAACGCACCUCCUCUGCUUCCUCAUCUAUGCCUUCCAGAGCCUCGAUUGCACCAUUGUGAGAAAGGAAUGUGCUCCUUUGGUAUCAAUUGGCAUCUGGCAUAACCUAUCUACUGAGAAGCGCCAAGAGGCCCAUCUCGACUCCUCCCCGCAUCUUAGAAAAGCUUGGAGAGCUGCCCAAAAACGAUAUGAUGCGGCAGAUGAGGCCACCAAAGCGCGGCUACGGUUCGAGCGUUCGUGGUUGUACACCCUCAUUCUUGAUUUUACCAACCAACUGUACGACGAGAGUGGCCAGUCAGACCAGACGCUUCUUUACUGUGAACGAUUCACCGAGUUUAUAUCUGAUCUGCAGAGCCAACUGCCUACUCGGCGAUAUGUCAAUUCCCUAGUCCAAGACUUGCAUCUCGUUCCUUUGAUGAGGCUGUCUCCGCUUUAUAACGACGUGUCUAGCGCUCUGCUGCGUGAUCUUCACGCUCUUCUCUCUCACUACACAUUCUUUGCCAUUGAUGACCAGACUGGCAUACAGUUGAACCGAACAGAGGCCUUUGAUAGGCAUUGCACAUUACUCGGCAAGCUUCAGCGGAUUGCCUUGAAGCAUUUCAAAGAUAAGCUCACCAUCCUGGCUCUGUCAAAUUACGGCGCAGUUGAUAAGCGAGAGGAGUUGGUAUCACAUCUUGAGCCUCUGUCCGAUGGCGAGCUGCUGGAGCUGGUGAAUCUUUUGGAUCUCAGGUCCACAUACCCUGAUAGUUUCAAUGUGGCCAUUGAUCGCAAAUUUCUCAUCGAGUUUCUCCUGACUACUUUUGAGCGAAAGAAGACCUUCCAGGAAGUUGCUCAGAGAAUAAGCUUGGUUCCAAGCGAAGACACCCUGUUUGAUGAGGGCUUUCAACGGGCAGAUUCCUACGACGGCUCACAUCCUCUAGCCCUCCCAAAGCUGAAUCUGCAGUAUCUUUCGGUUGGUGAUUUUCUCUGGAGGGCACUGGUACUCUAUCGCUGCGAGUCGUUCUAUGGGAUCCGCAAGGAUAUCGAGGCUGCGCUGCGCCGUCUUCGACCAGAAAGCAGACGGCCUGGUGAAACACACUUUGCGGGCUUCUCAAAAAUGGCGAUGCCAAUUGCUAAACCGACAAUACUAGAAGUCGUUCCUGCUCUCGUUGGAGACGAUAAACCGUCUGUAGUUCGGGCUGAAGUAUCCUUUGAUGUGAAACGCUUAGGAGACGGUGUGCGCAGAGAGUGGGACACACUUCGUCCAGGCGAUGUCGUCUUUUUGCUAGCAGUCCAGCCCCCUGCAUCCAGCCAAGGAGUAACCAAUGGCAGUUCAACCCAGUCAGAAGCUAAUAAGGCCGGCGUCCUGGCGGUACGAACUGCUGAAGUUGUUCAGAUCACGGACGACAGAGGCCGUCACACUAGAGAAAGGGGAGAACGCCUGGAUCCAAAACGGCGCAUUCAGCUCAAGCUAGAUUCGGCAACUUACGCCCAUGAUGCUGAGCAAGCCGCGGUGGGUAAGCCCGAUGUCUAUGCAGGCAUUAACUUGCUGCUCAGGCGGAACAAGAGGGAGAACAAUUUUAAACCUGUUUUGGAAGCUAUCCGCACCCUUGUCUUAUCCGAUAUGCCACUACCUUCAUGGCUUUAUGAAGUGUUUUUGGGUUAUGGCGACCCAGCUGGCGCCCACUACAAGAACCUGCCGAAUAGGCUCAAGACAAUCGACUACAGAGACACAUUUUUGGGCUGGCAGCAUCUUGUUGAAAGCUUGCCUGGAAAGACGGUUGAGCCGGGUGAUGAUGUAACUGGCAGUUUUGGACCGCCAUAUGUACUUGAAGCAGUCGACAAAGCAGAAGAGCCUCAGGGUGGCAAGCCAUCCAAAAAGCGACGGCGCGAUUUGGAACCGGCACUGCUGUCAGAGGUAGAAACUCUCAAGGUUUCCACCUACAAGCCUCCCAACAAUGGCCCUUAUCCCUUUGAUGCGCCAAAGCAAAACGCUGUGAGGUUUACUGCUGCUCAAAUCGAGGCCAUCAUGUCUGGAUCUCAACCUGGAUUGACCGUCGUUGUCGGACCCCCAGGCACAGGCAAGACCGAUGUCGCUACACAAAUCAUAAACAACAUUUACCAUAACUUUCCGAACCAAAAGACAUUGCUUAUCGCCCAUAGUAACCAGGCUCUCAACCAACUCUUUUCUAAAAUCAUUGCACUGGACAUCGACGAAAGACACCUAUUACGUCUCGGUCACGGCGAGGAAGAUUUGGACACUGAAGGCAGCUUCAGCAAGUAUGGUCGCGUCGAGUCCUUUUUGGACAACAGGGACAGGUUUCUUUUUGAGGUUAAGAAGCUGGCAGAAAGCUUGGGGGCUCCAGGAGCACAUGAAAACUCGGCUGAAACCGCAGGGUAUUUCAACGUUGCUUAUGUAGAGCCAGCCUGGGCCAAGUUUCUUCUGGUAGCAGAGUCCGACGCGUCUAGCGCGGCUGACAUUGUCCAGCAUUUCCCUUUUCACGCUUACUUUGCGGAUGCUCCUCAGCCCCUAUUCCCCGAGGAAGCAGACCGAGCACAAGUCCUGGAUAUUGCUCAGGGAUGUUACCGCCACAUUUCCAAGAUCUUUUCUGAGCUGGCAGACAUCCGGCCCUUUGAGAUCCUGCGACGUGAGAAGGACAAGGCCAACUAUCUCCUCACUAAUGAAGCUCGCAUUGUUGCAAUGACAACCACCCACGCGGCCAUCAGGAGAGGUGAGAUUGCGGCACUCGGCUUUCACUAUGACAAUGUUGUUAUGGAAGAAGCGGCACAAAUUACCGAGAUUGAGACGUUCAUUCCCCUUGCAAUGCAAAAGCCUGUAGACGGGCAACUGCCACUGCAACGAGUCGUAUUAUGCGGAGACCAUUUCCAAAACUCGCCCGUUAUCCAGAGCUUGGCGUUCCGACACUAUGCCAACCUGGAACAGUCGCUAUUCUCACGACUGGUCCGGCUUGGUGUGCCCACGGUGACCUUGGAUCAACAAGGUCGUGCUCGGCCAUCCAUCGCCAAGCUGUACGAGUGGCGGUACCCCAAGCUCGACAGCCUUCCCGACGUACAGACCAACCCAGAGUUCUUGCGGGCCAAUGCUGGCUUCAAAUACGACUUCCAAUUCAUUAAUGUUCCUGACUACAAGGGCAAGGGUGAAGCGGAACCGACGCCGCACUUUAUUCAGAAUCUUGGUGAGGCUGAAUACGCGGUGGCCAUUUACCAAUACAUGCGGCUCCUAGGAUACCCGGCCGAAAAGAUUAGCAUACUUACAACAUAUGCUGGCCAAAAGGCUCUGGUGCGAGACGUGCUCUCCCACCGAUGUGCUUCGAGUCCCAUUUUUGGUCUGCCCAAGGCUGUUGCUACAGUCGACAAAUACCAGGGAGAACAAAACGACUACAUUAUUCUUUCACUGACUCGCACGUCACGAGUGGGCUAUCUCCGCGACGUCCGUCGUAUGACUGUGGCCUUUUCUCGCGCCAGACUUGGACUCUACGUUCUUGGACGCCGAGAGGUGUUUGAAGCCUGCCCUGAGCUUCGACCGGCUUUCGACGUGCUUUUACAACGCCCGGAUAAACUAAUGCUAGUGACAGGGGAGCUGUACGGAGCUGAACGGCAAAACACAGAAGAAGACGGCCCAGUAGAGGGUGAAGUCGCCAUGGAGGGCGUUGAGCACAUAGGGCAGUAUGUAUUUGAAAUGACGCAAACCAAGAUCAACCAGCUACAGGCAGAGCAAGGCUUGCUGAUGGAAUCUAUGACAAUCGACGACGCGGGCGAGGAGGGACAGGGUGGCUAUUACGAUGAGGAAGAAGACAAAGCUCUAGAACCGGAUAUUCUUGAAGUCCGAGAGGGAGAGGCGAAUUAG